CCUAAUCCAAUAUUGUCUACGAGCCAGCUGGUGAAGCGGAUGCAAACGAACCUGUCGGUUCCUCACCCGUCAGGCAGGACAAACCAUCUUCACCCCAUCUUCGCCUCAUCAACAUCAUCAUCAUCAACGUCGUCAUCAUCAUCAUCGUCAUCAUCAUCAUUUUCUACAUGAUCAUCUUCAUCGUCUUCACCUUCAUCAACAACCCGUUCCAUCAUGCCUCUCAAUAACGCCGCGGCUCGUCCGACCAAGACGCACUUCCACGGCCUCGAGAUCAACCCGCAGAUGCGCAUUCACUGGAACCUCAAGGAACGCAUCGUCAUGUUCGGUCACAUCGCCAAGCACCAGCUGACGAACCUGUCCGUUGACUACCGUAUCCAGGAGCUGCACCGCCGGCUCGGCAUCAGCAACAUGGGCCAGAAGUACAUCGAGGUCAUAUACCCCCGCCUCUACACCGCGCUGAGGGCGCGCAUCGACGAACUCAGGUCCAGCCCAGACCAUAGUCCGAUGCUCGUUGGCGUCGUCGAAAAGGGCGGCCGGAUGAGGUUCUACCCCAAGUUCAUGGAUGCCUGGGCCCGGCACGGCUGGGACGGCGACAUGUCCAAGCCCCCACCCGACGACGAGGUCGACCGGCAGUCCGACGAUCGAGACGAGGCCUGCGUGAUACUGGACGACGAGGUGGAGCCGGAGCCGGAGCCGGGGCAAGAGGGACAGCAGCAGGAGGGCGAGGUCUGGGACGGACGCGAAGCCGAUGACUCGGUCGUGCGCAUCGAGCUGGAAGCAGCUUCGGCUGCCUCAAUCAUCUCGCCCCCGACUCCGGCUCCCGUCAUCAUCCCUUUGCCCAGCCCGGCUCCAGCUCCAGCGGGAAGCCUGGGCAAAUCACCACCUCGGCCGCUCAGGUGCCCCAACGGACCUCCUCGGAGCAGGGAUGAGAAUGGCUUUGUUACUGGGCAGGAAGUUUUCACAUUUCAAGGCGCGGCGCCGCCGCCGUUGCGUCCCUCCCAGAGACCCGACGCGGCGGGCUCGGCGGCCUGCCAAGAUUCUCAUCACCGGGCCGCCCUCCGCAGGUCUCGCGUCUUCCAUUCCGGCGGCUCCAAGAUCCCUCUUUUGGUCAUCGGCGGGGGGGUACCCAUGCUGCCACCACCACCACCGAUCCCGGGAUUCGCUCAUCAACAACACCCGACGCGCGAUGCCGCCGCAGCCACUGCCACCGCGGCGUUUGCUGGGUCCUCGCCCAGCCGGCGCGCGCUGGUACUCGCGACGCCCUGCCACGUCACGCACGAGAUGCUCAAGCAGUACAAAGCGGCCAUGAUGCGGCUCGUCGAGCUGGACAUGGAGCGUCGGCUCUGCGAGGUCGAGGCGGUCAAGUGCCUCGUCCUGGCCGACGCCGAGAUGGCCGAGGCGCGGAUGCGCAGAGCGAGGCAGAUCGUUGCAGACGACGCCUACGAGGUGCGCUCGAGGCUUGUCUAUCUUGACCGCGAGCUCGAGAAGAGGGGCUACACGUCAGGCGGACAAGGGCUCGGACCUGUAGCCGCCUUAUCCCUGGUAUCUCUGGGAUUGGCUUCGGACGGGCUGGCAUGGAGCGGUGGGAGGUGAAAGCGUCUGUUUGUUCGCGCUUUUUCUUUCUUGUUCGUCUUUUUUCUGCUGAUUGGAGCCCUUCUUCCGUGACAUUGAUGCAAAAGAAAUCGGAGGAAGACGUUGGGUUCCUGUCCCAAAACCAGCACAUGAUGACGGCCGAUUUACACGAAGCGCCGCGUUUGUUUGUCUACACACCACGAUCCUCUCUAGCUAGGUAUCGAUCCGCAUGCCUCUCUC